UCAUAGCUUAGGACUCUUAUAUUCAAGAUUUUGUAGGAAAUGGCUUCUGGGUAUUAUGGUAGAGUUCUACAGUUGUGUUUUCUGUUGUUUAUAAUGUCCAAUGUCAUGUUCAAAGCUGCAGAUGGGCAUGGCUGGAAAAAGAAGCAGCUUCCAAAGCCAUGUAGGAAUUUGGUGUUGUAUUUUCAUGAUAUACUCUACAAUGGAAAGAAUGCAAAGAAUGCAACAUCGGCACUGGUGGCUGCUCCUGAUGGAGCAAAUCUUACUAUUAUGACUGGUAAUAACCAUUUUGGAGAUCUAGCUGUGUUUGAUGAUCCUAUUACUCUUGACAAUAAUCUGCACUCCCCUCCAGUGGGAAGAGCUCAAGGCUUUUAUUUCUAUGACAUGAAGAAUACCUUCAGCUCUUGGCUAGGAUUCACAUUUGUGUUGAAUUAUAAGCAUCAUAAGGGAACCAUCACUUUCAAUGGAGCAGAUCCGAUCUUGACUAAGUACAGAGAUAUAUCUGUAGUGGGUGGUACAGGUGAUUUCUUGAUGGCUAGAGGAAUUGCUACUAUCAGCACUGAUGCAUUCGAGGGAGACGUUUAUUUUCGUCUCAGGGUGAAUAUCACACUUUAUGAAUGCUACUGAUUAAAUCUAAUGUCCAUGUUGUAUGUAGAAUAUCGUCAUAAUAUUAGAUCAGUGGAUAUGAUGUGAAAUUUGGAUGCAAAAUAUUUACCUAGUUAAAUUCAGAAGCUGUCAAGAAAUGAAAGCUAAAUGAUUUUAAUGUUCUUUUAACUUAUAAUAGUCUAUGAGGAUAUAAAUAGCUUUUAUGUUUAAGGUUGUUAGUGCAGUAGCAGCUUCAUCUUGUAACCUGUCGAUAGAAAAUGGUGGAACAUAUGUGAUGAU